UUCUCUCAAUCUUUUAAAACCUCGCCGUCUCAAACUGCUUCUUGACCGAAAUUCAUUUAGCGCUAAAAUUCGAAUGUAAAGUUAGUCUCUCGUUUGUAUUUCUAUAAGGAGCGACAAUAGUUAGUGAUGGAGGUAUAUUCAAAGAAAUCCGUUGAAGAACGACUUUUGAAAAUGGGUAAAAAAUUUGGAUGGUUUGAUCAGCCUAAUUUGGGUGCGAAAAUUGAAGAGCUGGUCAAAUUAUCAAAUGGUAUCAUCACAAAUACCAAGUCAAUUGUUCUGGUUAACGACUGCAGAAAAGAAAUUAAUGAGGAGGAGAACGACACUGGAAGUGUGAUUAUAUAUUCUAACGAUACAAAAGACGUUGGCAAUCACUUUGCUAUCUGUGACGUUGUUUUAGGGGAUGCUUCAAAUGAAAAUCAAGAAUCCUCAACUGAUUCUCAACACUGUGCAGAAAUUUAUUUUUCUGAAAACAAUGAUCUGAUGACUGGCACACGUGGAAAAAGUUUGGAGAGGGACAGUUUGGGAUCUAACAUGGCAGAACUUUGCAUUGAAGACGGACUGGAAACGGUAAACAGUACAGAAAGCACUGAAGCCUCCAAAGUUGAGGAUUCUUGUUUUUAUAACAACAGAGAAGAAAGCAGUAUUGAUAAUGAUGAUGAUGAGGGAAACACAGACAUUACUGAUGAUGAUCAUGAUGAGACCAAAAACAGAAAUGAUGAUGAGUUUGAUGCUGAUGACAGUGCCAAUGGGUGUAAUCAGAAUGAUAAUGAUAUCAUAGAGGUAAAAUCACCCAUUAUUACUGAAGAAGGCUUCUCAUCUGCCUUAGAUAAUUCCUUGGAAAUUAGUGACAGUUGCAGCAGGAAUUCAUCUGGGGAAUUGAUCAGGUCCAAGUCCAGGAAUGACUGCAGCUAUGAUAGCAAUGAAAAUAUCAGUUUAUGUGCUAGUCCUGCAAAAGUCAGCGAGUUUACUGGACUUAAUGAAACUGGUUCCUAUCAUAAUAGUGACGAGCCAUGUGACAGUAACAGUUUCAAUAACAGACUUACCAGUACAUACACUGAUAUUGAUGAUGAUGAUGUUGACAGUGAAGAUGUACAAUGCAAUGGCCUAGAAGAAGAACAAGCUGAGAUGUUUAACUUUGAGACAGAUGAUGACAGCAAUGGUGCUGUAUCAAUAGAUUUAACCAGGACCACACCCAGAAGCAACAUCAAUAACAACUUUGAAGAUAUUAAUCAAGCUAACAGUCCAGUCAAGAUUAUUGACUGUGAGGUCUCCAAACUUCAAGAAUUCAGCUCCCUUGAUAACACUGACAGCUACUGUAGUGAUAGUCAAGAUGGCGACAAGGACCACAGGUGUUUAAACAAAAGCAAUGACGACAAGUGUGAUGAUGAUGAUGACAGGGAUCUCCUGGAUAGUAAAAUAAAGCAAAACUUAGUGAUGUCUUCCUCGUUUGACUUUGACAGAAAAAGUGAUGAUGACAGCAAUGAUGAUGAUAAUGAUGAGGAAAUGUAUAUAUCAAUAGAAUCUAUCAAAGCUAAAACCAGUAUGGGUGCCAGUAACUGCUGUGUUGAAGUAACCAGUCCUGUAAAAGCUAGCUUAAGUGAAAGGUUGUUUGAGAAGUACAAUCCAGAGAAGAGUACAAGUGAUGAUGUAGAUGACUUUGAACAAUUUUUACAGAAUAUCAGGACACCCAAACAAUCAGAAUUGUCUGCCAAAGAGAGAAAAACAGAAUCAAGUCUAAACAUGUUUAUCGUGGAUGAUGAUGAGGAUGAUGAUGUAUUUUGUGACCCUGGCUUCACUCCAGAACCUGAUAAAUCCUUUGAUGAUGAUGACAAGGAAAACGAACAUUACCUAGAGCUAGCAACACCAGUUACAGGUAAUGCUCGUUCCAAGACUCCAUUGACAAGUUUAUCCUGGGGCGCCGCCAUUAAUUCAACCCCAUACCGUCCUUCUUUUCAGACACCCUUGACAGAUUUCUCGUGGCGGACUCAUAAAACUAAACCCAGAUAUGACAGUGGAAUGCCACCAGCUAAACCUUCUCGACCUAAAAGCGUGUUGGAGAAUGUCCUUACCUCGUACACUACCGAGAAAGAUUUUAAGAAGAACAAGGAGAAACUUGUGAGGGAUCUCUUUGAAUUGUACAACCAAACAGUCUUUGACAAUCAACUGCCGUCAGAUUUCCAGAUAACAUGGAAUCCGAGAAUGCGGAGCACCGCUGGCUUCUGUUAUUACAGCAGGAAAAGUAGUCUUCGUGUGGCCAGGAUAGAAUUGGCAGACAAAGUUAUUGAUUCCGCAGAUCGCUUGCGUGACACAUUAAUACACGAGAUGUGUCACGCUGCUGCCUGGUUAAUUAGCGGAGUCAAAGCUGGUCACGGACCCGUUUGGAAAAAAUGGACAUUGCGUGCAAAUCAUGUUCAUCAAGACUUGCCCCCGAUCUCGCGGUGCCACAGCUACACCAUCAAUGCUAAAUAUACGUACAGGUGUACCAACUGUGGGAACACGUUCGGACGUCAUUCUAAGUCAGUAAAUUUGGAGAAAAGUCGAUGUGCUUAUUGUCACAGCCGCCUGGAGCUUGUUCCACAGUUGAAGAAGGAUGGCACUCCACAAAUUCGCACUCCCAGUCGAUUUGCCUUGUUCGUCAAAGAAAACUACGCUCGUAUCAAAGGCGACCAUGAAACAUUUUCUCACCAGGAUGUCAUGAAAGCGUUAAGCUCGGAGUUCUCCGAACUAAGUACAAAAUAGCGAGCUGACAUUAAAAAAAACAUGUCAAUUACUUACAGAGUAUGAAAAAUUUUACUGUGGCUAGGUAUCCUCUGAUACAUUUCGUAAACCUGUGGCCUAUCGCUUGUUAAUCAUUGAGCCUGCGAUAUGUAAAAAGCGGUUAUAUCAUGCUCGUUUUUAGUUGAAGAUUGUCUGGGAAUAAGACUUCUCUAGGACAUCAUACCAUCAAGGCUCAGCGCGAACGUGUCCCGAUUGUCCACCCUUGUAUUAUAAGGGUUCUCGUAGAACUUCGCAGAUUUUCAUCAAGCGACGAGGCAAACUGUUUGUGCGAAUGAAAAACCUGAUAAUAGGUUUCAUAGCGUUUGAGGUGGUUUAUUUUACGCGCCAUCGGAAUGUUUGGUCCAUGGCGUAUUUUAGCAUCUAAGACGCUUACACUACCUUGCGCGGAUUCAAAUUGCCUUCAGUAGCGCAACCUAAAAAUGUUUCAAUAGUUUUCCGCGAGAAUAGAUUUAAAGCCCUUAGUUCGCUUUGUUAACGAUUUUCAUCCGCUUGCAACUAUACAUCAAAAGUCAACAAAAGCAAGCCUUGAAGAUUAUUUUAUUUCACUAAAGCUGUCAAUACCUCUGGAACUACUUUAAAAAUUUACUCAGUGCACGUAUGAAAUACUGUAUCAUCCCUAAUUGUGGACACGUUUUGAACGCAACGUCAGUCUUGUUGUGUUUUGAAUAAAGUUGCGUUCAAUAAGGUCA